ACGCUUCCAUUUUAUGUUUCCCAACUUUCCCCCUCUCGGAAAAAAAAAAGAGAAAAAGAAAAGAGAAAAAGAAAAGAAAAGAGUAGACUCGGAUUUAGGGUUCUACAGAAUCGCAAAAAAUUUGAUUUCUUGCCUUGAAAAGAUGGGGUCUUUAAUGCCGUGGCUUCUUCUCUGCGUCUCACAUUGUCGCUCUUGAUUGGCCGGAAUUCUCGUCCUUGAGGCUACGAAGUGGAAUUGAGGGGUUUUAUGUUGGACCCCCGAAGCUAAUCGCCACCAUGGUAACUGUCUGUCUAACAUGUGGUGAUAGAGGCUUCGAAAAGGUUACGGUAAACUGUUCGAAGUGUCAAGAUAGUCCACAACAUAUUUAUUGCCUUGAUGUGACACCAGAAAAAUAUUUUGAGAAAGAUUUUACUUGGGUUUGUGACGAGUGUAAACCAGUCUCUAUCCCUUCGAAAAGUCAUCAUAACCAAAACUCUAAGAAGAAGAAGAGGAAGAAGUUGAAAAAGAAGAGUAAUAGAAAGAAAUUCACUGGAUCUGUGGCUAAAACGAAGGUUCAGAUAUGUGAAGGUAGCCCUCCUGAACACGAGGCUAAGGGCAGUGAAAAUUGUGAUAAUGUUCUAAAGAUUGGUAAUCGGUCGGGACAAGUUCUUGAAGAUCAGGUCAAUUCCUCCCAUGAUCUGGCCGCAUCUUUAAAGAACCCUCAAAUAGCGGCUAGUGACCCUUUGAAAAUCAAUGAAGACUGUUAUGUUGCUGCACAGCCUAUUAUUGAUCCAACUUGGAGGGGAAGUCUAAGCAUAAUGAACAAAGACUUCAGCAUCAUUAGUGGACUUGUAGCUCAUCUUUCAAGCUUAGCGUGUGCUAAAGUGUUUGAAGAGGCGAAAUUGCUACCAAUGCUGCUGUUUCCAGAUUUGGUUUGUAGGGUUGAUGUGUGGCCAAAGGCGUUUGAGAGCUGCGGACCAAGUGAUCAGAGUAUUGCUCUUUAUUUUUUUCCUGACAGCAAAAGUAAUGAGAAGGAUUUUGAUAACCUAGUGGUUAGCAUGAUCCAAGAGGAUCUUGCUAUGAGGGCAGUGCUGGAUAACGCUGAGCUUUUAGUUUUCACUUCAAGUGUACUGCCCAAGCAGUUUCAGAGAUUCCAGACAAAGCUUUAUUUGUGGGGUGCAUUUAGGGGGAAGCAGUCUUCCCCAUUAACAAAUGAUAAUGACCCCAGAGGUGAGAAAGACCUCACAAAGCCCUUACCUUGUUGCACACAGAGUCCAGUUAGUCCGUUGAGCAACAAUGUGGACUGUCGUUCUGAAUCUCAUUAGUCGUUUGGUGAUUAACUAAUCUGAAUUUUCGUUCUCUCACCAAACUAUGUGCAAAAGUGUUGUUUUCUUUGUAAACUGAUAAAUCUUGUAGUUUAACCUGAGGAUGCCGAUAAAAUUAGCGGAGGGGUGUAACAUCAUGUAUUCAUGUAGGAAUUUGACAGUAAAAUAAAUCUGCAGUAGUGAGUAGCGACUAGCGAGUACUAGCCAUAUUUAUUUA